AUGGUCCAUUACAAGCUCACCUACUUCGCAGGCCGUGGACUUGCUGAACCUAUUCGCCAGAUUUUCGCCCUUGCUGGUCAAAAAUAUGAAGAUGUUCGUUACACCUUUCAGGAAUGGCCCAAACACAAGGAUGAAAUGCCAUUUGGUCAAAUACCAGUGUUGGAAGAGGAUGGUAAACAACUAGCGCAAUCAUUCGCUAUCGCUCGUUACCUUUCCAGAAAAUUCGGUUUUGCCGGAAAAACUCCUUUCGAAGAAGCCUUAGUCGACUCGGUUGCUGACCAAUACAAGGACUACAUCAAUGAGAUCCGUCCAUACCUCAGGGUCGUUGCAGGAGUCGAUCAGGGAGAUCCGGAGAAGCUUUUCAAGGAACUGCUCCUUCCAGCUCGUGAGAAAUUCUUCGGUUUCAUGAAAAAAUUCCUUGAGAAGAGCAAAUCUGGUUACCUCGUUGGUGAUUCGGUGACAUACGCUGACUUGUGCUUAGCCGAGCACACAUCUGGUAUCGCUGCGAAGUUCCCCAGUAUCUAUGAUGUAUUAUUAUUAUUAUUAUUAUUAUUAUUAUUAUUAUUAUUAUUAUUAUUAUUAUUAUUAUUAUUAUUAUUAUUAUUAUUAUUAUUAUUAUUAUUAUUAUUAUUAUUAUUAUUAUUAUUAUUAUUAUUAUUAUUAUUAUUAUUAUUAUUAUUAUUAUUAUUAUUAUUAUUAUUAUUAUUAUUAUUAUUAUUAUUAUUAUUAUUAUUAUUAUUAUUAUUAUUAUUAUUAUUAUUAUUAUUAUUAUUAUUAUUAUUAUUAUUAUUAUUAUUAUUAUUAUUAUUAUUAUUAUUAUUAUUAUUAUUAUUAUUAUUAUUAUUAUUAUUAUUAUUAUUAUUAUUAUUAUUAUUAUUAUUAUUAUUAUUAUUAUUAUUAUUAUUAUUAUUAUUAUUAUUAUUAUUAUUAUUAUUAUUAUUAUUAUUAUAUCGAAAUCCAUUCCCCUGUCCAGAUGGACUGUUACUAGCAAGAAAAUCCGAUCGGAAAUUUCUUCCAAAUCCAGAUCAAGGCACUCGCGGAGAAGGUGUGAUCGAUUCCGGCGCUGAGGAAAUGGAUCGAAACUCGGCCUGA